GCGUGUGCACAGGAGCAUGCAGAAUGGGUGUGUGCCUUCUUUCUCCGAUUAGUCUCUUUCUGCACUUUUCGCUGCCUUCUGGAGAGUUUGAGAGUUUUGCUCUGGAGGAUCUGCAGAACAUCAGCUUCACCUUCUUAUUGAACAGGUGCUGCUCUGACUAUGGCCCUUAAACCGAGUGUGCUGCUGCUGUUGGCCGUUGGCAUGGUCACGGUGCUGGCCCAGCGGAGACGCCCAACAUCUACGUCCACGGGAGAAUGGAACUACAGGGAUGGCUCUGAGCGGGUGAGCAUGCGAGGUGUGUCCAACCUGACUGAGGUUUUGGACAAUUGGAGGUUUGACAUCCUGAACCAGAUGAAAGGACUUCUUCAGAAUGACCACCAGUCUCUGCUGCCUGACUAUGCCAGAAUCCAGCCUCUGUCCGAGGCCUUAGACGACCUCUACAAGGAGUUCAAUGCCCUGAAAGCUCACCUGGGUGACCUCACUGAGAAGUUUGCUGCUAUAGAAACUUUCAUUGACGAGGUCAAAGCCGAGCGGCUCAACAAAGCCAAACCUGCACCGGCUCCUGGCCCGGCUCCGGCACCCGGUCCCCGUCAGACCGGGAGGAGGAUGGUGAAGAAGAAGGUCAUGGUUUCCUCAUAAUCAGCCAAUCGGGAGCCUUCUUUCAUCCUGCUGCUGGUGUUUUCUCAUAUCUUCUACAAUCUCUCUCACGUGGCAGCGCCGACAUUUCAGUGGUGAUCCGCCUUCAGUUUGUCCACACAGUCUGUUUGGUCCUUCAGGAUGAACCAGCUCACAUUCUCUCAUUUCAUUCGGUAUCCACAGCGUUAGUCACACCCACAAACUACAGAAGUCCACUGCAGGGCUUCAAACCAAAAAUAUUUUUGAAGCAAUCA